AUGGUGCAAGACCGCACCUGCGGCUGGGCCGGUUGCAAGUUCGUCACCGUCGAUUUGCACGCCUUUCAGACCCAUCUCUUUCAGCAUGCCCGCGAAAUCCCGCAACGUUGCCAAUGGAAGGGAUGCAAAACCGCCGCCUACUCGGCUGUACUCGAGAAUUACUGGCAUCUGCUGCGCGCUCACACCGGGAUCCGCGAGUAUUUUUGUGGGCAUUGCGACAAGCAGUUUCAUAGCCCAGUUCUUUUGAAGUUGCACGAGAGGAAGGUCCAUGGGCAGAGGAAAAAGGUAAUUUUUGAUGUUCUUUGGCGAUUUUUAGGUAGAAACUGAGGUCAUAGAGGAAGGAGGAGAUGUGUUGCAUAAUCUAGACAGCAGGUUUCGCAAUUGUAGUGGGUUUUUCGUACUGAAUAGGUCAAUUUUUAUCCGUCCAUCUGUGGAAGGCAAUGUUAAUAUAUUUUUGCCUGAAAUCGGAGUUUAUCCAAGUUUUUUUUGUAAGUAAGAACUACUACUAGCUGGAAAGUGUAAUUUUUUGCUAUCGUGUGAUCUAGACUGUAAAUUUUUACUUAUUUUGGCCGUUUCACCUUGUUUUAGGCAUCUUUUUGGAAAAUAAUUUUUUUCAGGAUAUUUUUGACUGCGCUUACUUGGACUGCGCGUAUACAUCGCUCACUGGGGUCCUAAUGAAGCAACAUUUGGCCUAUGUUCAUAGCAAUCCUUAUGUUUUUGAGUCCAUUCUUCAGACGGUAGGAUAACAUAAUUUUUUUGAAUUUUUCCUGUAUUUAGAGACUUUCUGUUGCUGCAAUUUAUCUGGCGUAUUUUAGCGUGCAAUCCGCACACUGUUGCCCAAUUCGGCGAACCCUCAACGUCGAGUUCUUCAGGAAUUUGAGGCGCUGGUCAACUUGAAAAUUAAGCAAGAACCAGAUGAAGAAGAGGAGAUUUUGUUGAGUUCCGAUGAAGAGGAUGUUGUCAUGACCUCAGCUGAAUGUCUAAAUGGUUCCAAGUGCGUUGCGAGACCGGUUAAGCAGCCUUCUGAUAUUAUCCAUGACACCUCCGGAGCACCUUCGAAAACUGGUCAAGCUGGUGUUCAAUUGAAUCUAGGAUGUGUCGAGAAGGAUGGAUUAGACGUGAAUAACAUCAAGGGUGACCGGAAAAGUAAUUGUCUGGCGUAUGACACUCCAGGAACAUCCGGUUUUCAAAAUUCUUCAUCUGGUCCUAUGGGUAAUAUAAAUCUGGACAAAAAGGAGGAGAAAUCGACUGUUGCUGAAGAUAUCGACCUCCGACCGCAUGCAGAAUGGACUAAUAGAGCUGGAAUAGGCAACAGAAGUGUGCAAUAUCAUGACAUUGAUCUCCGACCGGCAUCAGAAAUCAACAAUAAUGUAAAUUUGGAAGUGAAUUUGGUAAGACCGGCGGAGCGAAUUGACGUCAAUGUCUACAUAAAUCCAGACAGACCUUCUCCUUCUAUCAUUCAACAUGAAGAGAGCUGCAUUUUGAAUAGGAAUGAGGUAGAUACGGCUUGAUUUUAUUUUUUGCACUGUGCGGUGUCUGUACUAACAAAAAUUGGGAUUUUUGAUGGAUUUUGGGGUUUUCCCUUGGGUGAUCUAUGUUCUAAUAGGUGGCAGAGGUGGUAGAUCAGCUUUAGAUUAGUUUAUUUCUUUCUGUUUUUAGCUUAAUUUUAGUUUUUUUGAAAAAAAAAACAAAAAAUCGAAAUUUUUGAGGAAUUUUUGUGAAAAAAUUGGAAAAUCACCCCGAAGUUGAAUCAAAACUUACCCUGUGGAUGUUGUGACACCAUUGCUGUUUGUUUGUAAGCCUGAUGAGAAAGCUUUCAACUCUGAAUUUCGAUUUUUUCAGCAGAAAUCGGCCGAAAAUCCGGUCUCGAAUGAGCCCUCAGCACCAGUCCGAGAAACCCCGGUGAAAAGAAAGCGCGGUCGCCCCAAGAAAGAGGAAUCCGAGGAGAAGAAGGCAAGGCUAGCGGCCGGUAAGAAAGCAGCGGACGAAGUGAAGAAAGCGGCCGAAGAAGAAAGGGAAGUCGAGAGGAAAAAAGAAGCCGAAAAACAAAAGGAAAUGGAAAAUAAACGGAAAAAACAUGAGAAGACAGUAGCUAAAUCCAAUCACAAACCUAUUCCAACAGCUCCUUUCGUAAGUUUAAUAAGAAAAAUUUGGUCAAAAACGAAAAUUUUUGGAUUUUUUCGAUUUUUUUGAAAACUUCUCAUGUUUUUUAACAAAAAUCGCUGAUUUAAGAAGCGCUCUCGUGGUCAGUAGCCUAUCUAACUUAUAUCCCAGCUGGAAACACACUUAUCUUCACGUCUUUCAUCUAAAAAAUUUGUCAAUCUCUAGUCUAAUAUAAAUUAUUUUGUCUAAUAAAUUUCUACGCUAAUGUAUCCUUUUUGAUCCUUUUUUAUUUUAAGGCCUACAAAAAAGCCGAUUUGACCCAAAGAAUCCCGAAAAUCAAAGCUGGAUCGGCGGCAAUCAACAAUCAUGACUUCCGAAGCCCUCUGGCAGCGAAACAAUCCCGUCCACCGCCUCAAAAUCAGCUACAUAUUGAUGAAUUUGGCUCGAAUCGACAAAGCCCAUCGACUUUCAGCCCGAGCUCGGAGAGCAGCCUGAAGGAGAACUCGGAUCGCACCGAAAAUCGACCAAGAAUUGAGCAGAAACGAAGUUUUGAUCGACCGAAAAGGCCGAUUUUCAAGCCAAAACGAAACGCCCCAUGCCCCAAUGGAGGCGUAAUGGACCUUUUGGAUCAACAAUUAGGCGACUGGAAUGGUAAAUAAAAGGAAAAAUUGUUAAUUGUUGCGAUUCUUUGAAUAAAGUUAUGUUAUUUUAGAUAGAGAGGCGGAAAAGGAAGGUGAAAACGCAUUUUCUAACUCAUCCCCGUCAAUGGAAGCUUCGACAAGCCUAAAUGCGGCUUCAUUUUCCAAGUCGGCGGCUUCGAUGGCAUGGGAAUUGCCUCCGGCAAUUUCCCCGCCAUCCACUUUUUCAUCGCCAGUUUCGUCGCCGCCGCACCCUGAACGAAGACGAGAGGAAUUGAGAAGUCUAGAGGACGAUUUUGGAAGAGAUGAUGAGCGACGACCACCGGAAAAACGAUCCAGAUGGGAUAGAAAACCAUCUAAAGUAAGAUCCAAGUCUCCCGAAAAUCCGAAGAGGACAAGAACCCCGGAAAAUAGAAGAUUGGAGCCUUCGACACACCGAAUUCUAAGAUUUGAUGGCGCUGGAAACCGAUUGGCCACUCCGAAACCCCUGAAAGGCUCGGAACUUCGAAAGCCUGGCCGCGAGACGGCCGAAAAUGCAAAUUCCUUCAAGAACAAGGACGCAGAGCGUCCAGGAACGUCGAGAGAGCCACCUUCCCCACCGUCUAAUCCAUUCGUCCGAGCACUGUGGGCCACGCCGAGUUGUAAUCUACCACCUCCGGAUUUGUUCCCGACAACUAUUGUAACCCAUCUUUUGCCGCCCGCCCCAGGCUUCCCGCCCGGAUUUUUCCCCCCAAUAGCACCUCAAUACUCUCUACCGCCGCUGGAGAUCAUAGAAGAACCGCUGACGAUACCACCGCCACCACCUCCGCUAACUCCGCCCACAGUGGAAAAGGGGGCGGAGUCAGGUGGAAGAGAGAGAAAAGGGGCGGAGUCAGGCGGGAAUGAACAAAAGGGGGCGGAGCCAGGUGGAAAAGACGCGAAAUCGGAUGAAAAUCGAUGCUCCCCACCGCCAAAACAACCAAAUACGGAGAGAUUGGCCAAGUACCGACUGAUUAGAGUGGCCACCGACAAAAGAUCAUAUAAAAUGAAUUGGAAGGUACGAAAAAACUUGAAGCUUCGAUUUUCUUCAAAAUUCUCAUACACCCCCGAAAUAGGUCACAAAUCAAUCCCUGAAAAUUUUAGCUCAUUAUUUGCACCCGCAACGGAGAUUAAAACCAAUCUUUUUCCAAGAUAGCACACAAAAUUAGGAGAGUCGGCCAGACGAAAAUGUUUUUUUUGUUUUUCGCCUCUUUCUUAGCGAGUUUGCAGGAAAUCAAUUUUUUCCAUGCGAAAUUCGCGAGGACAGAGCCGAAAAUUUUUUUUGUCUGGCCGACCCUCCUCAUUUUGCGUGCUCUCUCGGAAAAAGUUUGCUUUUUUCUUCGUUGCUUUAUAAUUGGGUGCAAAUUGUGAGCUAAGAUUUUCAGGGAUUGGUUUGUGGCCUAUUUCGGGGGUGUAUGUGAAUUUUGAAGAAAAUCGAUGGGCAUGACUUGCGAUUUUAUAUUAUACUAGAGAUUCCUAGUAUAAUAUAAAAUUUUGAGCAAGAUAAAGGUUAUAUAAGCUGUGUUCGUUCAGACUAUGAGUUAAUGGAUCCAAGAUGAUAAAAAAAUUUUCAGGAAUACGGCCGUCAUCUCCAGCGAAGGCCCCCGUCCAGACCAUUCCUUCCGAAUAUCCCGAUUAAAGUGAAUCCAACUUUAAAGGACCCUCGAAGGCCUCACGGACGAUUUUGA